AUGUCCAAUGCUGCGUUGCAAGUUUAUGGCGGCGAUGAAAUUUCCGCAGUAGUCAUUGAUCCUGGCUCUUACACAACAAAUAUUGGCUAUUCGGGGUCUGACUUCCCUCAAUCAAUUCUACCCUCCGUUUACGGCAAAUAUACAGCAGAUGAAAGUAAUAAGAAAAUAUUUUCUGAACAAUCCAUAGGAAUUCCAAGAAAAGAUUAUGAACUGAAACCCAUUAUUGAGAACGGCCUAGUCAUAGAUUGGGAUACCGCACAGGAACAAUGGCAAUGGGCAUUGCAGAAUGAGCUCUAUUUAAAUUCUAACUCUGGUAUACCAGCUCUGUUAACUGAGCCUGUUUGGAACAGCACAGAAAACAGGAAAAAAUCUUUAGAAGUGCUCCUAGAAGGCAUGCAAUUUGAAGCUUGUUAUUUAGCACCUACCUCCACAUGUGUUUCAUUUGCAGCAGGUAGACCCAAUUGUUUGGUUGUUGAUAUUGGUCAUGAUACUUGCAGUGUUAGUCCAAUAGUAGAUGGCAUGACAUUAUCAAAAAGCACAAGAAGAAAUUUCAUUGCUGGAAAAUUCAUCAAUCACUUGAUUAAAAAGGCGCUGGAGCCGAAAGAGGUUAUACCACUUUUCGCAAUCAAGCAAAGAAAACCAGAGUUUAUAAAAAAAAAGUUCGACUAUGAGGUUGAUAAAUCACUAUAUGAUUACGCCAAUAAUCGAGGUUUCUUUCAAGAGUGCAAAGAGACACUUUGUCAUAUAUGCCCAACAAAAACUUUGGAAGAAACAAAAACAGACUUAAGUUCUACCACUAAAAGAUCUAUUGAAACCCCUUGGAAUGAGGAGAUUGUUUUUGACAACGAAACACGUUACGGCUUCGCUGAAGGGCUUUUCCUUCCAAAAGAAGACGACAUCCCAGCAAAUUGGCCUCGUUCUAACUCUGGUGUAGUGGAAACAUGGCGGAAUGACUAUGUACCACUAAAAAGAACCAAGCCAAGCGGGGUCAACAAAGCAGACAAGAAGGUCACACCAGCUGAUGAAAAGGAACAGGAUAUUGUAAGUAAAUCUACUUCUCCAGCUGCGGCCGGCGCAGAUACUCCAAAUGAGAGCGGUAAGAGACCGUUAGAAGAAGAAAAACUUACUAAAAAUAACAAUGAAUUAAUUGGUCUGGCUGAUCUUGUGUAUUCGGCUAUAAUGAGCAGUGAUGUGGAUCUAAGGGCGACAUUAGCUCAUAAUGUUGUUCUCACAGGUGGUACAUCCUCUAUUCCUGGUUUAAGUGAUAGGUUAAUGACCGAAUUAAAUAAAAUACUACCAUCUCUUAAAUUCAGAAUAUUAACAACAGGGCACACUAUCGAAAGGCAGUACCAGUCAUGGCUAGGCGGUAGUAUACUCACAAGUCUAGGAACAUUCCACCAACUGUGGGUCGGGAAAAAGGAAUACGAAGAGGUGGGUGUCGAAAGAUUGCUCAAUGAUAGAUUUAGAUAA